CUGUGACGCGCAAGGCCGAAGCAUUGACGGUCAGCCACCAAAUCGAAGACGACGAAAAACCCGAUGUGAGCGUGCGGCGAUGGAAGCCAAUCACCAUCAGUAUAGUUCCAAUUCCUGCUGUCGCUCUCCUUCCCCAAAUCUCAUUCCAUUCCCUCGUGCUCUUCAAGCUCCUCCUGCUAUUCCCAUAACUAUUCCCAUUCCUAUUCCGACUUUUUCUUCAUCAACCGCCCCUUUAAUACUCUAAAUGUUGUUGAAAUCCAAACCCCAUUUCCACCAACCCACUCACCCCCCGAAGCCUCCCUCUCUCACACCACCACUCUCACUGCUUCGCAAUGCACGGCCCCGACCGCUGGUUCACCCGCCUGAUCGAACCCGAUCCGUCCGAUUCGUUGCCCCUCCUCGGAGGCUUGUUCCUCGACCACCACAAUGUUCCCGCUUCGUUUGUCAGGCUGAUCUCGCCGGGUAGUUUUUCGGGUUCGGGUUUGGGUUCUUGGAGCCUUAGACUUGAGGCUCCACGGCGAGGGAAGAGAGUCGGCGGAGAGUUUUUGUCGGUGAGCUUGUCGAUAAAGCGAGACGAUCAUGGGGACAAUGGGUACGUUCGGGAAUCUGGGGAAGUGCUGGGGCAAAACGAGAAUAAGAGUAUGGAGGAAGAGGAGGAAGCGGUGGAGGAGGCGGUGGUGUAUAAGGAGGAAGAGAAGGUACGGACGGUCAAGACUAGGGGACCAUAUGCUAUGAACGUGACCAAGCAUCUCUGGGCUGGAGCUGUUUCUGCUAUGGUCUCAAGAACCUUUGUUGCCCCACUUGAAAGAUUAAAGCUAGAAUAUAUAGUUCGUGGUGAGCAGAAGAACCUUUUUGAUCUCAUCAAGACAAUUGCAGCCACUCAAGGGCUGAAAGGUUUUUGGAAAGGAAAUUUUGUCAAUAUUCUUCGUACGGCGCCCUUUAAGGCUAUCAAUUUCUAUGCAUAUGAUACUUACAGAAAUCAACUGAUGAAAUUGACUGGGAACGAGGAAACUACGAAUUUUGAGAGGUUCAUUGCUGGUGCUGCAUCUGGAAUCACUGCUACCAUGCUCUGCAUACCGAUGGACACUAUCAGGACAAAGAUGGUAGCACCUGGUGGUGAAGCCUUGGGUGGUGUUAUCGGUACUUUCCGCCACAUGAUCCAAACAGAAGGAUUCUUUUCUCUUUACAAGGGCUUAGUACCCUCCAUCAUAAGCAUGGCCCCUUCAGGUGCGGUGUUCUAUGGUGUUUAUGAUAUGUUGAAAUCAGCAUAUCUGCAUUCCCCAGAAGGGAGAAGAAGAAUCCAAAACAUGAAACAAGAAGGUGAGGAACUGAAUGCUUUGGAACAGCUUGAGUUGGGUCCGGGCAGAACAUUAUUGUAUGGGGCGAUUGCUGGUGCUUGUGCUGAAGCUGCUACUUAUCCAUUUGAAGUUGUGAGGAGACAGCUCCAAAUGCAAGUGCGGGAAACAAGGUUAAGUGCACUGGCAACUUGCAUCAAGAUAAUUGAGAAAGGAGGUGUUCCUGCUCUCUAUGCAGGAUUAAUUCCCAGCUUAUUGCAGGUUUUACCAUCAGCUGCCAUAAGUUAUUUUGUGUAUGAGUUCAUGAAGAUAGUUCUCAAAGUAGAGUCCACAUAGAGAGCCUGCUCAAGUCCAUUGGAGUGCGCUUGUGGUAGUUGGAUUUUCUGGUUUCUUUUUUCUUCUCUUUUCUUUUCUUUUUUUUUUUUCUUUUUUUUUUCUUUUUUCUUUUUUUAAUAAGGAAAUAUAUCUUUUUUGGGGAUUUUUUUUUGGGAUUUUUUUUUGGGGGGUGGGGAUGGAAUAUACUUGAUUAAAUGGAGCAGUUGAUGUUUUCAGUUGUGCUUCUGCUCAAGUAUAUUUCUUUUAAAAUUUACAUGUUACUUUUGAAACCUACAAGUAGAACAACUGAAAAAACUGAUUUAUAAAGGAGUAAAGAAAAUAAUGUUGGUGAACGUGUCAGUGAUCUGUUAAACCAUAAUUUUACCCUCCGUUGUUCAUUUGGAGAUUAUCUUUAUUUCAAAUUUUGAUUUUACUUUUCAAAAUUUAUGUAAUGGCGAGGUGGUUUGUCAUUUCUAUUGACAUU